UGAAGAGGAGGAGGAAGAUGGCGGGAGGGCGGCUCUGAAGAGACCUCGGCGGCGGCGGAGGAGGAGAGAAGCGCAGCUUCGCGCAGCGCCAGGGCCCAUGUGGGGAGGAGUCGGAGUCGCUGUUGCCGCCGCCGCCAGUAGCUGCCGGAGCCGGGUGGGAGUGAGGGGAACACGGCAGGAUGAAGUUCGCCGAGCACCUCUCCGCGCACAUCACUCCCGAGUGGAGGAAGCAGUACAUCCAGUAUGAGGCGUUCAAGGAUAUGCUGUAUUCAGCUCAGGACCAGGCACCUUCUGUCGAAGUUACAGAUGAAGAUACAGUUAAGAGAUAUUUUGCCAAGUUUGAAGAAAAGUUUUUCCAAACCUGUGAGAAGGAACUUGCCAAAAUCAACACAUUUUAUUCAGAGAAGCUAGCAGAGGCUCAGCGCAGGUUUGCUACACUUCAGAAUGAGCUUCAGUCAUCCCUGGAUGUGCAGAAAGACAGCACUGGAGUCACUGCAUUGCGACAGCGCAGAAAGCCAGUGUUCCACCUGUCUCAUGAGGAGCGCGUCCAACAUAGGAAUAUCAAAGACCUUAAACUGGCCUUCAGCGAGUUCUACCUCAGUCUCAUCCUGCUGCAGAACUAUCAGAAUCUGAAUUUUACAGGGUUUCGAAAAAUCCUUAAAAAGCAUGACAAGAUCCUGGAAACAUCUCGUGGAGCAGAUUGGCGAGUGGCUCAUGUGGAAGUGGCCCCAUUCUAUACGUGCAAGAAAAUCAACCAGCUCAUUUCUGAGACUGAGGCUGUAGUAACCAAUGAGCUUGAAGAUGGUGAUAGACAGAAGGCUAUGAAGCGAUUGCGUGUCCCUCCUCUGGGAGCUGCUCAGCCUGCACCAGCAUGGACUACUUUUAGAGUUGGCCUGUUUUGUGGAAUAUUCAUUGUGCUGACUAUCACUCUUGUACUUGCAGCUGUAUUUAAACUUGAAACAGAUAGAACUGUGUGGCCCCUGAUACGAAUCUAUCGGGGUGGCUUUCUUCUGAUUGAAUUCCUUUUUCUACUGGGCAUCAACACUUACGGUUGGAGACAGGCUGGAGUAAAUCAUGUUCUCAUCUUUGAACUUAAUCCAAGAAACAAUUUGUCUCAUCAGCAUCUCUUUGAGAUUGCUGGAUUCCUGGGGAUACUAUGGUGCCUGAGCCUUCUGGCAUGCUUCUUCGCUCCAAUUAGCGUCAUCCCUAUAUAUGUGUAUCCACUUGCCCUUUAUGGAUUUAUGGUCUUCUUUCUCAUCAACCCCACCAAAACUUUCUACUAUAAAUCCAGAUUCUGGCUGCUUAAACUUCUGUUUCGAGUAUUUACAGCUCCCUUUCAUAAGGUAGGCUUUGCUGAUUUCUGGCUGGCCGAUCAGCUGAACAGCCUGUCAGUGAUACUCAUGGACCUGGAAUAUAUGAUCUGCUUCUACAGUUUUGAGCUCAAAUGGGAUGAGAGUAAGGGCCUGUUGCCAAAUAAUUCACAAGAGCCAGAGUUUUGCCACAGAUAUACCUAUGGUGUGCGAGCCAUUGUUCAGUGCAUUCCUGCCUGGCUUCGCUUCAUCCAGUGCCUGCGCCGGUACCGUGACACCAAGAGGGCCUUUCCUCAUUUAGUGAACGCUGGCAAAUACUCCACGACGUUUUUCACCGUGACGUUUGCAGCGCUUUACAGCACUCACAAAGAACGAGGUCACUCUGACAGCAAGGUGUUCUUUUACCUAUGGGUCGUCUUUUAUGUCAUUAGUUCCUGCUAUACCCUCAUCUGGGAUCUCAAGAUGGACUGGGGUCUCUUUGAUAAGAAUGCAGGAGAAAAUACUUUCCUCCGGGAAGAAAUUGUGUACCCUCAAAAGGCUUACUACUACUGUGCCAUCAUAGAAGAUGUGAUACUGCGCUUUGCUUGGACUAUCCAAAUCUCUAUUACUGUUACAUCUCUUCAGCCUAAUGUUGGGGACAUCAUUGCUACUGUCUUUGCCCCCCUUGAGGUUUUCCGGCGAUUUGUGUGGAACUUCUUCCGCCUGGAGAAUGAGCAUCUAAAUAACUGUGGUGAAUUUCGUGCCGUGCGGGACAUCUCUGUGGCCCCCCUGAACGCGGAUGACCAGACACUCCUUGAGCAGAUGAUGGACCAGGAGGAUGGGGUGCGAAAUCGCCAGAAGAACCGUUCAUGGAAGUACAACCAGAGCAUAUCCCUGCGCCGGCCUCGCCUCGCUUCCCAGUCCAAGACCCGCGACACUAAGGUAUUGAUAGAAGACACAGAUGACGAAGCUAACACUUGAAUUCUCUGAAGUCUAGAUUAACAUCCUUGGUUUCUACUCUACAAUUCUUUCCUCGACCAACGCAACCUCCAGCACCUUUUUCCAGCUGAGAACAGGAGAAAACAGAACACGUUCCCGGGCUCUUCAGAUCGGGUCCUAUGGACUCCGAGCAGGCUCACUGUGUUUCUUUUCUUUUCUUCUGGUUUAAUCUUCAUUUUCUAUUUUUAAAACAAUAUACUUCAUUUUGCCAAUCAGAGGAUGUUUUAAGGAACAAAAACCUACUAUCUUAUGGAUUGUUUACAAUCACAAAGACACAGAAGCCCGUCAGGGUAAAGAGCAGGCAUUGGAAGGAGCCUCUGAUGGACGCAUGGAGACAACUCAACCUCCGCCUGGCCUGGUUUUCACUGUCGAAAGCUGGGCGCUGGUUUUUAAAUUUUCUGUCAGUUUCUAUGGAGCGUUUUUUUCCCUUCCUUCCUAGCCAGCACAGAGGCACUGGCAGCACUUGCAGGGAAAGUGCAGCUUGGAGUAGCACCCUCCUCCACAAAGCUACUUUUUAAUUUGGGGUGACUUUUCUCAUUUGGGAUGAACUUCGGGUGGGUGGGGAAUAGGAUGUAUUCGUUACAUAGUUUUCUCAUUAUUUAUGAAACUUAACCAUAAAGGAAUGAUACUACUCCUGUGAGGGGCAGGGGGAACUAAGGCUGGCUGGCAUUUCAGAGGGUCAAGCUCACAUACCUCUUUCAGGAAACAACUUGUACCACUUUGAUUCUCCCUCUUUCGUUUUAACUUUAAGCCAAAGUUUUAUUGCUAAAUUUUAAGUUGCUGCUCUAGAGUCCCAAGCGUCACUGUCAUGACCAGGCAUCACACUUGCUUCCCAUUGGUGGACAUUCAGAGAAGGGCUUCUGACGGUUGUGUCUUUAGGAACAGUGCAGAUGCGUUCACCACAUGCUACUCACAGCAGUGAAGUUCUGCCCCGCACUUGUGCAUGGAAAAUUGUAGUCUUUACUGACCACAUGGAGAGACAGGCUGUUUAGACUCCUCACACCUUUGUUAGAUGUUUCCCCUUCUGGUCUCAUCUACUUUAGCCAGAAUUUGAUCAGGUUAAGUUUUGUGGGGACUGUAUUUUUGAGCAUGUAGAACAAACCCUUCCUCCUUCGUAUUGCAUUGACACAAAAUAUCUUAGCAGCCAUUUUUAAGCCCAGCAGUAUUAAAAGGUGAAUGUUGGAUUUUUAUGACCUCCGGUGAUAGAAAUCUGUUUUUAAAUUGGGGCCCUCUAAACCUUGGUGUACUUUUAAAACUAUAUUUAUUAGAAAAUCCAGGGUAUAAAUACCCGUUUUUACUUCUUUAUCUCACCCCCUUCCUUCCUGAAUUCUCUAGAGAAGCUUAAAAACACUCAGCAUUUGACUUUCUUGAAAAUGGUUGGUAUCAAAUUUAGUAUUCUUCAGGACUGGCAAUAUAGAUCAUUGGUAGUAAUGAUUGCCCAGCAUUCUUGAGACCCUGGGGUUUCUCUCCAACACUGGUGGGGGUGAGGGAAGAGUCAUUAUUUAAUAAAAUUAAUGUAAGUGCCAGGAAAAAGUAAAGUCUGCAUCAAUGCCCCCUCCCCUCCGAGCUGGAUGAAGUCCCACAGAGGAGCCUAGUGAGGGUCCCUUUGCCUGCACCCUUCUCAGAUUAACUUUAGACAAACAAGUGACUAGAAGACAGCAGUUAACACUUGCUUUAUUUUUUCAAGAAAACGUGUCUACUGUCCUUUAACUCGCCCUCCUGUCAUUAGCCCUCCUGGGUUAAAGUUACUGCAUUGCUAAAAUCCAAAUGAUUAACUCAUCAACUUCCUUUUAGAAAGUUUCUUCCAUUUGUACUCUGACAAGGUUCCAGUUUUUUUCUCCUUUCUGAAUUGAGAUUUUUUA